UUACUAUUAUGACUACAGCACUUGUUCGAUUCAAAAAAGCCAUUGCUCAUCAACUAUCCAAACAUACAUUAUGGAGUUCGGAAGAGAUCAUGUCUUUUAUGCGUCCACAUAAGCACUUAAAAGAAGGUCAUAUUGCCAUUGCAUUACCCAAGCUGAAUACAACACAGGAUAUAGUGUCUCAAUUUCAAACUGAUGACUAUAUAGAAGAAAUACAGGCACAUCAUUCAAAACUAGUGUUUCGAUUCCAUCAAGUGGAGUUUAUCAAGCAAGUAUUGCACCAAGUCUAUCAAGACAAGUCAGAUUAUGGAUGGGCCCAUCAGCCCAAGCAACAUCAGACAGUGGUCAUUGACUAUAGUUCACCUAAUAUUGCAAAACCCUUUCAUGCAGGUCAUUUAAGAAGUACGAUACUUGGUCAUUUUGCAGCUAGAAUUCAUCAAGCAUUUGGUUAUCAAGUGAUUGGUAUAAACUAUCUAGGAGACUGGGGGAAACAGUAUGGGUUAUUGGCUGUAGGAUUUGACAAGUAUGGAGAUGAAGAGCAGUUAGCACUUGAUCCAAUCCAUCAUUUAUAUCAAGUCUAUGUCAAAAUAAAUGCAGAAGCAAAAGAGAAUCCUGAUAUUGAUAGACAAGCCAAUGCUUAUUUUAAGCGCAUGGAAGAAGGGGACCCUGAGAGCAUAAAACAAUGGCAACAAUUUAGAGAUAUGAGCAUAGCAUCUUAUAAAGAAAUCUAUAGACGACUUGGUAUCAAAUUUGAUGUGUAUUCAGGGGAAUCACAAGUAAACCCCUUUAUUGCUCAGGCACAUCAAUUACUUCAACAAAACCAACUGCUGACACAAACAACAGAUGGUGCUUGGACUGUGGAUUUAGAACCCUACCAGUUAGGCAAAGUGAUUGUCCAACGUGCAGAUGGUACAUCGCUGUAUGUGACACGCGAUUUAGCCAGUAUUCUGAUGCGACAACAGACCUAUGGAUUUCAAAAGGCAUUGUAUGUGGUGGGGAGUGAACAAGCCAAGUAUUUCAGUCAAUUGUUCAAGACAGCGAAUCUGAUGAGCCCAUUGCCUAUGGAUCUACAACACAUUGAAUUUGGUCGUAUUCAAGGCAUGUCCACCCGUCAAGGGACAGCUGUGUUUUUGCAAGAUAUUCUGGACACAGCCAAAGCCAAGAUCAUGGAAUACAUGCAAAAUGACGAAAAAAAGAGUCAAAUCAAGGACUUGGAGACCAUUGCGGAUCAAUUGGGCAUAUCUGCUAUUUUGAUCCAAGACAUGAAGUCAAAGCGAGCCAAAGACUACAAGUUUUCUUGGGAUCGUAUGACAGAUGCGCGAGGCGAUACAGGUGUAUUUCUACAAUAUGCUCAUGCAAAAGCGUGUGGUAUUGAACGUAAAUCCAAUGUGGUUGUUACAUCCGAUGUGGACUAUGCCUUAUUGAAAGAGAAAGAAGCAGUUGAACUUGUGUAUUCCAUUGCUCAGUUUCCCGAGAUGGUGGAAUCCGCAUUGGCUACAUUAGAACCUUGUACUAUUGUGAAUUAUCUAUUUAAACUGUCUCAUGCGACUAGUUUGGCGAGUCGUUCAUUGCGUGUCAAAGACAUGAAUCCUGAGAUUGCCAAAGUGCGUAUGUUAUUGUUCUGGUCUGCACGCAUGACAUUGAGCAAUGGGUUACAUUUGUUGGGCAUUAAACCUAUUCAACAUAUGUAAAUAAACAGUCUUGCGUGACUUUUUUCGCGUAGAUUCUCCUCCUCCCC